GUUUUGCAUAGUAUUACAAUUGAUGGGAUUGUUGACUGUACUAUCAUUAAGGGGUCUUUUAAUACUGAACACUUUACUGAAUUCAUUAAGAGCCUGUUGGAUCAUUGUCAGCUGUUUCCUAGUCCAAGAUCUGUUAUUGUAAUGGAUAAUUGUACUAUACACAAAGUACUGAAAGUCUAUAGAAUUAUUAAAGAG